UCUAAAACUGAAGCACUGAACACAGACGCGCACACAGAUACUGCAGUUGGCCCAUAUCGCCGGACGCCAUGCUCGCCUACCUGCUCCACGCCGCCGCCCCUUACCCCCUCUCCCUCCGCUCGCCGCCGCCCGCCGCCAAGACCCCCUUCCUCCCUUCCCUCGUCCGCACUCCCUCACCGAGGCGCGCUGCAGCGUUCCCCCCCGCCGCCGCCGCCGCCGCCGCGGGCCCCAUCGCGGCGUCGCUGCUCGAGGGCCCCGUGCUGGUCUGGGCGGGGCGGCUCUGCCUCUACUACGCGCUCCUCCACGUCGGGCUCGCCGGCUCGCCGCUCAACCCCUUCCUCUCCCACGAGAUCGGCGGUGAGGACGGCGCCGGGGACAGCGACCUAGGGUUCUCCGAGUGGACAGAUAAGCUCCGUGGCGGCGCCUCAGGUGAAAAAGAAGCUCAGGAUAAGAGGAAGCUAGUUAGCAAAUGGAGGCCAACAACCAAAGGCACACUGAAAAGAACUUACCGAGUUCGAUCAACAGAAGAAGGCAGGCGGCUUCUUAAAGAGAUCGCUUCAGUUCUGUCCCAAGAUGACCACUUCGUGGAUGCUUCCUCUCACAAGGGUUGCCAAAUAAGGAGGGAAAGUGCUCAUGGAGAGAGCGUGUGCUGCUACAACGUACGGGCUUUGUUCGAUGAGCUUCCUACUCCUCACCUGGUUCUGGAGAUUACACCUUUUCCUGCUGGACCUCUUACCGAUAAUGACUACCGCAAGGCCGAGAGGCUUGAGAUGGUGCUGAGGUUGAGCGCUUCCAUUUAAAACUGGAGGCUGUUUUUCCAUUCCAAUUCCCCUCAUACUCUUUUGCCCAAGUUGUAAAUUGUCUACCAGUGGGCCUGUAAAUUGAUGCAGUUGGCUAAGAACUUGUUGUAAAAGUAAAACCCAUGUUCUGCUUAGCAUUUCUAGCAAUUUGAGCUCACGAUCACGUUCUUUAA